CGACGUUGACUUUCGUUGACGCAACGGCCACAGGUGUCGCUGUUAACAAGCAUUUCUGAAAGUUACAAACAGUCCCUUUAAGGGUAUGACUGAAAACACCAUAACAAGGAAACUGACUGUAAAUUCCAAAUAAAUGGUGAAAAAAAAAAAAAAAAAUGGUGCGUUUUCCCCUUGAAAAAAAUCAGCAACAAGUAAGUAGAGGUGAGCUGGUGAGCUACAGGCAAGGUGCAACAGCCUUCACCUUCAGCAUCAUCCCCCUACACACACACACACACACGCACAGGUUGAAGGAUGGAUCGGAGAGGAAGAGGAGGAGGAGGAGGAGGAGGAGGAGGCAUCCAGUCGCAUCCAGAGGUCCACAGAGGAGAGAAGAAGAUGCUCUGCGCGGCAGAUCACAUAUCUAUGUUCUAAUGAUGAAACAUGACGACUUCACACCGACUACCGGCCAGAUGCCUCGCACAUAUUAUUAGCGGUUUCCCUCCGUUUCCGUUGCAGUAUGACCUGUCCGGUGCUACGUGCGUCUCGGUGCCCAUCAGGAGCAGCGCACCGUGUUGCGUCCGUGUGUCAACUCAGAAGAAGAAAUGCCAUCUCACCUCCUCACUGAUGAUCUCUCCUCUCCUCCUCGUGUUAGAUCUUUAUUCCUCAGCAGGUCUGAACGCGUCUCUGAUUGAAUGGCUGUCAUGACUUGUGCCCUCAGGAGCGUGAAGCUGCCAAUGCAGGAGGAAAAUGUGGUGUUUAUGCGUCCUUUCAAAAGCUCUCAGUGAUUAAUUAGACUGAGGAUCUCUGUGAAAAUCUGCUGAUUAAACAAUGGGAAGACCUUCAGAUCAUCGACAUAAAGGACAAAGUCGUUUCCUGGCUGUGAAUUUAUUGAAACAUUGCCAUGGGGAAGAGUUUGGACUGAAACACGGAGAGAUCUGAUACCACAGUUGGAAGAGAGAGAGCCUUGAGGUGAAGACAUGGUCAUCACUGAUAGAAACACCGGCACCCCUGUACCUAAAAAGGAGUCCCAGAAGAAGACGAGGAGGACGUCUCGCCCUCAUGGCCUGCCCUCUCCGGCGCUCUGCUGUGCCUGUGGCCUAUGCAUCAUGCUGGCUGGACUCAACAUCACCCUGGUGGGAGCAUUCGCCUUCAGCACGCUGGUGCCUUCAGCCAACCCCCCGAUCAUCAUCGGACCCAUCCUGCUGCUGGUGGCCUUCUCCUUUUUCGGGGCCUGUUGCGUGUGCAGCCGCCUCCCCCCUCCGCACAGCUCACGGAGGUCAAAGGUGGGCGGCAGGGGUGCGGGGCUGAUGGGACAUGGCGGGCUGGCCGGCGGGGCGGCGUUUGAAAUAGAGACCAGCGAGCACACGCUGCAGGAUACUACAGCUGUGCAGCUCAGCCCCACGUCCUCCCGCGGGUCAUCCCAGGUGUCCAGCCCAGAAAAGGAGGCUCCCGACGCGGCCCUACCAGGACCCUGCAAGCUCUUCACCAUGGAGACCAACGGCCCUUCUUCUGUUUCCGCCACCGCCGUCUACUCAGCCUCCAUGGCAGCAGAAGGCGAGGUGAGGCUCAACCUGCCACGUGAAGAAGUGGUCGCCUAGCAGAGCAGAAACUCUUCCAAGGCCGGAGUGCUGCCAGUGUACAUAUCCUUCUGGGUCGAAGGGCUUGCUGAGUGUGAUUGUGUCCUAUAGUUUACGUAGUGCCAUAUCUCUGGUUGUGUGCUUUUGAUUUUCUUGCUGUGCAGCCAACUGGUAAUUAGCAUGCAAAGUUAAUGAAACAUCCAAGUGAUUGUGGAUCAUACUUUUUGGAAUUCAAAUUCCUACCUCUCUUGUGCUGUUUUUUCUUCCUACAGGUCUUUGUUUUUUUUAACGUGGGGCAUUAUGAACAGUUUCCAUGUAGAAAUCAAAUAUCUUUCACUGCUACUCACCUGUCAGCAGUGAUUUCAGAGAGAUGGAGUGAAAAAACACGAUUGUUGAUUUGUUCUGAAAACGUCAAGAUUAGAUGUUAAAGGUCAACUGUGAACUGUACCGAUGCGUUUGUUGUGACAUUUGGCAUUUUGUGUGCCGUUCUCAGAGCUGGACUUGUUUUGGGGACAUGCGAUAUUAUAGGUCACAGGAGUCCCAAAGCAAUAUGCUCUCACCUGAGAUUAAAUUCUCUGCAUUUUUACUUAUUUCACAAGUAAGAUUACUACUUGUCUACAGCCAAUACAUUUAUAAUGAAUAACGGUGCAUACAGAACAUUGUAUUACAGUAUAUUUGAGGGCUGCAACUAAUGAUUAUUUUCAUUGUCGAUUAUUUUCUCAAUUAAUUGAUUAGUUGUUUGGCCUAUAAAAUGUCAGAAAACGUGUUUCCCAAAGCCCAA